UUUAAAACAUCUCUCAUUUUGUCUAUGGUCCGCGUCUUUCUCGCAACGAACUUGCGUUGCGAGAGAAACCUUUCAUAAAGUUUUUGGGUCAUUUUGAUCCUUUUUAAUGGCUGCGGUAUUGCGCGGUUGAAUGUGAAAUUGGGUUCAAAUAUGAGUGAUUAUUCUUCUAUGGCUACGCUUCAAAACAAUAGCCAAACGGCGGGAUUUGCGGCUGCUGUACAACGUGCUAGAUUGGUUGCUGCUAAGCUAGAAGGAGGUGGAAGCAAGAGGCCUUUGGAGGAGGGACCCGAACCGAAUGCAAAGAAGUUAGCGUCCGUCGAAGUCGCGUAUCAACAACAACAACAAAUGAGUGCACCAUCCGCCGUAGCGGUCGUGAGCCGUGCCGCAGCGCCGCCGGCGAGCGCGGCGCCGCCCCCGCCGCCCAACGCGGGCGCCGGCAGCCUCAUGCCCGACCAGACACUCAACGAGUACAUCAGGGUGCCUGACAAGAUGGUUGGACUUAUUAUCGGACGCGGAGGUGAGCAGAUAACGCGCUUGCAGGCCGAGUCUGGGUGUAAGAUACAGAUGGCGCCCGACUCUGGUGGCCAGCCCGACAGGCUGUGCACGCUCACGGGAUCCAGGGAGGCGAUACUUAGGGCUAAGGAACUGGUGAACCAAAUCGUGAACCACCGCGGUCGUGAGAACGCGCCGCAACACGGCGAGGGAGCGGGCGCGGGCGGCGGGCCCGGCAUGCCGCCGCCGCCGCCGCGGGGGGCGCAGGGCUCCAUGGCGCAGGAAGAAAUAAUGCUGCCGGGACCCAAGGUGGGCCUGAUCAUUGGCAAGAACGGCAAAACUAUCAAACAACUUCAGGAGCAAUCCGGAGCUAAGAUGGUCGUCAUACAGGAUGGUCCUAACACAGAAUAUGAGAAGCCUCUGCGUAUAUCUGGUGACCCGGCGAAGGUGGAGCACGCGAAGCAGCUUGUGUACGAGCUGCUCGCCGACAAGGACAUGCAGCAGGGCGGGGGCCCGCGCCCGCCGCCAUACGACGACAACUACGCCGGCCACGACCAGGGCAACGGGCUCGCUACCAACUCCACAGAGGUACUAGUACCCAAAGUCGCAGUCGGUAUCGUUAUUGGUCGCGGCGGAGACAUGAUCAAAAAGAUCCAAGCUGAAACUGGAUGCAGAGUGCAGUUCCACCAGGAGAGAGAUGACGGACCCAACGACAAGAGAUGUUAUCUGCAAGGCAAGCCACACCAGGUUGAUCAAGCCAGGCAAAUGAUUGAGGAUCUCAUCUCAAGUGUUAAUCGGCGCGAGCAGGAGGUCCGCGCGGGGCGGGGACGCGGCGGCGCGGCCGCGCGCAACGGCGAGCGCGGCGCCGGGGACUACGCGGCCUGGCAGGACGCGCAGGAGAUACGGGUCACCUUCACCGUGUCCAACGUCAAGUGCGGACUCAUCAUCGGCAGGGGUGGUGAAGUAAUUAAACAAAUAAACGCGGAGUCUGGCGCGCACUGCGAGCUGGACCGGCGCGCGCAGGGCAGCGACCGCAACAACCGCACCUUCUACAUCCGCGGACAUCCCGAGGCUGUCGACCACUGCAAGCGGAUCAUCAUGGAAAAAGUUGGCAUGCCAGUGAACUUCAUCCAAGAGGGUUCAAAUGGUGGCAACGGUGGCAAUGGCAACGGAAACGGUAAUGGCGGCAACGGUGGCGAGUACUACGGCGGCGGCGGCGGCGGAGGCCCGCCCGCCUGGGGGUACAACCCGCACUGGCACCAGCCCGCGCAGCAACAGGCGCCGCAGCAACAAGUCCAAAUCAACCCAGCGACAGGCCAGCCUGACUACUCGCAGCAAUGGAUUGACUACUACCGCUCGCUGGGGCUGAUGCGAGAGGCCGAAGCUAUUGAACAGCAGGCCAAGCAGCAACAGCAGCAACAACAACAACAACCGCAGCCAGGCGGCGGCGGCGGAAACGGCGGCGGCACUCCCCCGGCGUCGGGCGCCACGCCCGCGCCGCCCGCCGGCGGCUCCCAGCCCGACUACAGCGCGCAGUGGGCCGAGUACUACCGCAGCAUCGGCAAGCUCAAGGAGGCCGAGGCCAUUGAGCAGCAGAUCAAAAUGAAGUCGAGCGGCGCUAUCGGCGGCGGCGGCGGCGGCGGCAGCUCGACGCCGGGCGGGGGCGCGGCGGGCGCGGGCGCGGCGGGCGGCGCGGGCGCGGGCGGCCAGUACGCGCAGUACGGCGUGUACGCGCCCGCCGUGUACCCCGCCUACCAGCCCUACCCCGCCUACCCGCAGCCCAACGCCGAGCACCACCAGUAGGCUAACGCCGACGGAGGGCCAGGAGAGGAGCCGCCGCCUGACACCCUCGUUUUAGUUCUAAACAAAUUAAACCUUUAUCCGGAAACGUAGGCGAGGGACGCAUCGAGCUAUUACUGCUCCAAUUUGCUGAUGAAGUUUAGUUGUAGGCGCACGCGGGUUUAGAUCUGAGUCGACCUCUCAAAAUGAUAUUCAAACAAUAUGCGUCCGUCUCUUAUGACUAGUAAACGCAUCACAUCCACACUUGCAACGUUACAAUUUAUAUGAUCUGAUUAUUUUAAAGUUCAGUAAUGUUAUUUAUGAAUGUAAAUAAAUACAAUUAAGUUUUUAAAUAGACAAACUAGCAGCGAUUUUGAAGUCAACUCAUAUCUGAAUUCACGUUAUCGUGAAUAGACAGUACAUAGCCCCGUAUCAACUAUUUAUUUCUUGUGGGUAACUAACACUAAUAUUGUCAACAAAACGUAUAGGAUAAGAUUAUUUUUUACGAAAAACUAUGAAUUAUUACCUUACGGCCGUGUGGUUUAUUGUUUUGCUAUUUUAUAUCAUGUCCUAUCUAUACUUACUGUAAUAUUCUGAUUGUUUCUGUGCCAAUAUUAAACAUUUGACAUGCCAGUUUGUCCAGGUAUAAGUUAGAAAGCCACACUGCCUUAAAAGAUGUAACAGAAUGAUCCGACCUACCACGGAGCUUAGAGAGAAUGAACGAAAGCGGCCAGCGCACCGCGAGGAGUCGAGGUAAUGCACUGUGCUGAGUGACUAGUGACACGCAUACUGUCUCAUACAUACAUGUGUACUAUACUCGUGAAUUUGGAGCUCCUUAUUCUAAAAUCACUAAUAAAUCAUGAAAGCAGAACUCCCAAUUCACGUAUUUUGAACGAUAUUUAGCAUAAGUUAGGUUAUUACGUUUGGCGCCACAUCUCUCUUAACAGCUCUUAGGUUGUAAAUGCUGAUAUCAGUGAUGUACGGUUAUGAAGCCAAGGAUUAAAUAGGUGUUAGUCUAUAUGAGAAAUAAAUGCGAUGAAGGUAAUGUAAUACUAUCUACAUUCCUUUCGACACUGUUCAAUAAUGGUUCGGCGCGGAACACACGCGCGUCACGACACCGAGGGCGCGCGCCCCACAGACUUGUAUUAAUUUUUAAGCAUAUAAAGUGUAUAUUGAUUCA